AAUAUACUAGUUGAAAAUGAUGUAAAGAUGGACAAAGACGGUCUCACUGAUCUCUAUAUUCAACAUGCCAUUCCUCUGCCUCAGCGUGACUUACCAAAAAGUAGAUGGGGGAAAAUGAUGGAAAAGAAAAGACAGCAAAAUGAGUUGAAGAGUGAGAAUAAAAGUGUUACAACGGUGGAAGGUUUAAGGAAGCGACCAUUAAUAGUAUUUGAUGGCAAUUCGACAAGUACAAGCAUAAAGGUGAAGAAGACAGAGAACGGAGCUGUUGAUCGCCUAAAGCCUCCUCCAGCUGGAAGCACCACCAACACUGUUAGAAGAUUAUCAGUUCCUUCAAAUGCCUCAACAUACAUUUCGGCCUCCAGUUUCUCAGAGGACGCUAAGCUGGGAAUGAGAAAUAAUGAGGCUAAGCAGGACAAUACUUCAAAGACUAACAGCAGUGUAUUGGCUAGUCUGAAGGUGUACCCUUUGUCUCCAGUAGCAGGAGCUACUGUUGUGAAGUUAAAGAGAGCUGUUCCAAAAGAAGAAUCUGAUUUGCCGAAUGACCUAAAGCCUACGGAAGCAAAGAAGAAAAUCCAGCAUGUUACAUGGCCAUGAAGUAGCUAAUGGUGCUUGAAACAUAAAUGUUACUUCCAUAUUUUCAAAUACAUAAGUCAUAUUGAAACAGUUUAAGUACAAGUCUUUUUAAACCUUACAGGGAUUCAGAUUGCUGUGAAGUUUUAACAAGGUUAGAAUUUCCCUGUUGUAAAGCUGGAGUCAUUAUCACCAGUCACCUUAAGAGUGUCUGCUCUUGUACACCAAGUAGUUCAUUACUUCUUCAAAAGGUAGUAAUGUUACAAUAUACUAACCCCCCCCCACUUUUAGUUUUCAAGAUGAUUAUAGUUCAUCUCCUGCAUGUCCCUGUGAUUCACGCAUAUAAAUA